AUGCAAUGCUUCACGCUCAUAACUCCCACACUCAACAAGCCGAGUCCUCUGAGAGGACAACCUCUGGCGGCCGCUGACUUUGAGACCGGCAAUGGGCAGAAUGUAUACUCCUCCAGCGAAGAGAGCGAGUCGGAAGUGGAGACUCCUGCCUCGUCUCAUCGCGAGCUACCGACUGAGCCCCACAUACUCGUCGACGAGUUCUCCACCCUCAGCAUCAACGCCCCACCGCCCAACUCCGAUGUACCCGACAGCGCGCCCGAGUCCGCUGUCACGCCCAAACGCGGCGCCUUCACUCAAGCAGCCGCAGCAGAUGUACCUCGCACACCGAUCCGGAGCCUUCGGAGCGUCCGGUUCGAAGCGCCUUCUCCAACCAAGCUACUCGGGAAAACUCUCGGGGCUGUCACGGGCAAACGUCGUGCAGCCGAGCCUCAGGAGACCGAAGACGGUCAUCCUUCCCCUCUGAGUACUCCGACAGGAAGCGGCUGGCAAGAUAUCAUCGCCGACGCGGUAGUCGCGAUAGCUCGGCCAGAGGCGCUUAGGUACGACAGCUUGGCUUCACUCUCGCACUGCACGCUGGCCGUCAGAUCCACGUGCUCUUUACCAUUAAUCACCCUACGCGAUCUUCCAUAUCUACUCCUCAUUCAAUCUAGGACUUGUACCCUAUGCUGUAUUGUAACUUUCGCCUUCUAUUAG